UCCAGUUCUGUAGUGUCGAAAUAAUACAAAGAAAUGGGAAAAUUAAAAACGGUCGAUUCAAAGUAAAUUUCUUAUCAGCACUUCUAACUUGGUUCAUACUAUUCCAAUAUGUUCUUCCUUGUGCCGCGCUCUUUGAAAACUGUGACUUCGACCAGUUGGUUAGUCCAAACGAACCCAUUACCUUUGGCAUUCCACAUGUUCCAGAAAACGGAAUGUCUUCCUGCCGCAUCGUGUUUAAAGCUCCAAUUGAAUAUCAUGUUGCAGCAAAUUGUACCAUAGAAGUUGCAGAGCUCAGUUCCGUCUGUGGUCGCGAGUUCCUUGCGUUGAACAAUGUUGGCAGUCGGGAUUUGUCAAACACACGAUUUUACUGUACCAGUGGAAGAGUUAUGACAUCUUCAUUAUUUCAGUCAUUGACAGUAGCUGCACAGAUAAGCAAAAACAUCACCAUUAAUUGUUUAAUAGAAGCGGUUUAGGAAGAACCUGCAGACUGUGACUGUGGAUGGAGUUUUACCGACAAAAUUGCUGGCGGAAAUGAAGCUGGACUUUUUGAAUUUCCUUCUGUUGUGGGGUUGGUUGCUGUUAAUCCCCCUGGAACAUAUUGUAAUGGAAACUGCGAGAAUGUAGAAGGUGUUGGACAAUAUGAGAUAUACUGUGGUGCUACUAUAAUUUCACCAUUUUAUGUGUUGAGUACCGCAACUUGCAUACGAAACUAUAAACCACCUGGAAGUUUAAUGGUGGUUGCUGGACAACAUGCUACGAAUCUAGCUCAUCCAACACAAUAUACGCAACAUAUCAUGGUAGAGUCAUAUCAAUUGCUGAAGACAAAUGUUUACUAUUUAGCGCUUCUUAAACUUACAAAACCACUGGAAUGGACCUUGGCAGUAGGCCCCGCAUGUCUUCCUUUCUAUUAUCGAGAUUCAGAUUUCUUAGGACAAUAUUUAACAAUGGUUGGUUGGGGCCAAACAGGAGCUAAUGAGAGCCGAUCAGCAGUUCUGUUAAAAACUAAGGUCUCAGUUAUAUCACUUUCCGAAUGUCAACAAAUAAUGCCGGAAGUUUAUAAUACGGAAAUCUGUACUUAUACUCCGCCGAGAGGAGGUUGCGUUCUUGAUACUGGAGGUCCUGCUUACUUCCUAAACGUUCGGCAAUUUCUGAUCGGAAUAAUUGGGUAUCGCCACGAAUGUGGGUUGAUUCACAAGGCUGGAGUUAAUGUCCGAGUGGGCAGUUUUUUAAAAUGGAUUCAGCAAAAUGUGGGCGACCGACUGUGUUUGAAAUUCUAACUGAUCGUGUGAUGAAUAUCUAGAGUAAUUAUUAAAAUAUUGGUUUUUU